UCACUGCACUUGUGAGCACAUUUGUGCCCUGCAAAAUCAGCUCCACACUUGCAUUGUAUUCAAGAACCAAAAUCAUUGUGCCAAAAGAAGGUGUCAGCAAGUUCUCUGGCAAGUUAUCCCCCGUGUAGUUGAACUCCAUUGGGGGCUUUCUUGGAAACUCAAUUUUGAAACAUUUGGGAUUUUACGGUAGUAAGCUUCAAGUAUAUCCACAGGUGGAGUCACGAAGCUAAUGUUGUUCACACUGGCAGCAAGUUCUCUCACUUUCUAUUUUUUUGGUGUAUUUCUGCAUUUUCUCGCUCGCCAAAGAAAAUUUUUCCCGGAAAGUGAGAGGAAAGUGGAGGGAAAAGGGGAAAAGAAAAAAAGAAAAAAAAAAGGAAACGGAAAAUUGACACUUUUAAGAGAUUUUUAUUUUCCUGAAUUCAACGCGGUCAACGGUGCCAAAAAAAAGCAUGGUUUGGAAUUUGACGAGCUCGAAUUGGAAUUAGUCAGUCAACGUGGUUCGUUGUUGGCGAAUAUUUUUGUUUAUGAAGUAAAGGUUUUGGAGUUGUGAGGAAAAAAAAAAAGAAAAAAAGAAAAAAAAAGAAGAAGGAAUGGAAAUGGCGGAGCGAGUGAUCUCGGUGAUUUCUGCGGCUUCUUCUUUUCUGUGGCUUAUUCUUCUGUCUGGUUUGGUGGGAAAAGCGUCUGCAAAUGCCGAAGGUGAUGCUUUGAAUGCGUUGAAGACGAACUUAGCCGAUCCUAACAAUAUCCUGCAGAGUUGGGAUGCCACGCUCGUCAAUCCCUGCACAUGGUUUCACGUUACUUGUAAUAGCGAAAACAGUGUAACAAGAGUUGAUCUUGGCAAUGCAAAUCUUUCUGGUCAACUGGUUUCACAGCUUGGCCAGCUUUCGAAUUUACAGUACUUGGAGCUUUAUAGUAAUAAUAUAAGUGGAACUAUCCCGGAAGAGCUAGGAAAUUUGACAAACUUGGUGAGCUUGGAUCUUUACUUGAACAAUUUAACUGGUUCCAUUCCAACAACAUUGGGCAGGCUUCAAAAACUACGUUUCCUGCGUUUGAACAACAACACUUUGUCUGGAUCUAUUCCCAUGGUUUUAACCACUGUUUAUUCAUUGCAAGUCCUGGAUCUUUCCAACAACAAACUGACAGGAGAUAUUCCAACCAAUGGUUCUUUUCAAUUAUUCACUCCCAUCAGUUUUAAUAAUAAUCCACUGAACCGACUCCCAGUUUUACCACCUCCUCCUAUCACCCCUGCACCAUCAACACCUACAGGUGGUAAUAGUGCAACUGGAGCCAUUGCCGGAGGAGUUGCUGCUGGUGCUGCUCUGCUUUUUGCUGCUCCAGCAAUUGCACUUGCUUGGUGGCGACGGCGGAAACCGCAGGAUCAUUUCUUUGAUGUGCCUGCCGAGGAGGAUCCAGAAGUUCAUCUGGGACAGCUGAAAAGAUUUUCUCUUCGUGAGCUACAAGUUGCAACAGAUGGUUUUAGCAAUAAAAAUAUUCUAGGUAGAGGUGGAUUUGGUAAGGUUUAUAAGGGACGCUUGGCUGAUGGUUCUCUUGUCGCUGUAAAAAGACUUAAAGAGGACCGUACACAGGGUGGGGAGCUGCAGUUUCAGACAGAGGUAGAAAUGAUCAGCAUGGCUGUGCAUCGUAAUCUACUUCGACUUCGUGGAUUUUGCAUGACACCUACUGAACGGUUGCUUGUCUACCCUUAUAUGGCUAAUGGAAGUGUAGCAUCGUGUUUGAGAGAUCGUCCUGAAUCCCAGCCACCACUUGAUUGGCAAAUACGGCAACACAUCGCAUUGGGUGCUGCGAGGGGGCUUGCAUAUUUACAUGAUCAUUGUGAUCCUAAGAUUAUUCACCGUGAUGUGAAAGCUGCAAAUAUAUUAUUAGAUGAAGAAUUUGAGGCAGUUGUAGGAGAUUUUGGGUUGGCUAAACUCAUGAAUUAUAGAGAUACUCAUGUUACAACUGCUGUACGUGGCACAAUUGGACAUAUAGCACCAGAAUACCUCUCAACUGGAAAAUCUUCAGAAAAAACUGAUGUUUUUGGGUAUGGUGUUAUGCUUCUUGAACUCAUCACUGGACAAAGGGCUUUUGAUCUAGCUCGGCUUGCAAAUGAUGAUGAUGUCAUGUUACUUGAUUGGGUGAAAGGACUCUUGAAAGAUCGGAGGCUGGAAACACUGGUUGAUUCUGAUCUACACGGAAAUUACGACGACGAUGAGGUAGAGAAGCUGAUCCAAGUAGCUCUACUGUGCACGCAAGGGUCCCCGAUGGAAAGGCCAAAGAUGUCAGAAGUUGUAAGAAUGCUUGAAGGUGAUGGCUUGGCAGAAAGAUGGGAGGAGUGGCAGAAAGAGGAGAUGGUUCGCCUAGACUUUAAUAACCAUAACCACCAUCAAGCUUCUAAUUGGCCCGUGCCUGACUCGAGCUCACAAAUCCCUGCAGAUGAGUUGUCUGGUCCCAGAUAAUCCCCCUCCAUGAUUCUGUCAUUAUACAUACAAAGUCUCUUGAAGGCCAAUUUUGUGUAUAUGAUUUUCUUUCUUUUCCUGUUUAUUUUUCAUUUUAAUUUUGCUCAUGUCCAGUUUGAAACACAUUUGGGGUCGGUGUUGUAAUUUUUAUAUGGUUUAAAUGAUACUAUGAAAAUUUAGGUGCUUACCAAACAUGGCGUGAAAAGGCCACAAAAGCACCCAUCGAAUCUCAUUUUUAUAUAUAUAAAUACAUGUACCUAGAAAUUAGUCGAGGCAGUUGGAAUGAAUAGAUUUUUCUUAUUUAUUUUUAAUGAUCUUAAACAUUGUUUCCUGACGA